CCGAUCUCCUUGACCUCGUUAGCAAAUGGUAAUGCGUUAGUUUAAUGUUGCUCACCUUUUCUGGGGUGCAAGCGCAACCUUCUUCGAAUGGCCAACCCAUGAAUGUUUUCAGCCUGUUUUCUAAAAAGUACAUUUUGUAUUCCUCUUGGUCCAUCAUGAUUAAAAAGCACACGGGUAGAGCAAAAGGUAAAUUAAGAAGAAAUGGUGCUUUGAAAAUUUGGCGGAUGUAAAUGGAGCACUUUAAUUGGUAGAUGCGGCACACAAACUUCCGUGUAUAUUCUUGAUGGGAAUUGUAGUUCUAAUUCUUAUUGGUCCAUAUUCACACGCGCGGAAUAUUACAUCCUGUGUCAACAACCGGUUUCGAAAUUUCAUCCAAAAUGUACAGCACUGAAUUGCAUAAUACUACAUGUACUACAAUUGAAUAUAUAGAGCUCAGCAAACUUUAAAGCUUGUUUAAUGCGUCCUUGUGAGUUCCUUGUCUACUUAUGGAGGGAAGGUGCGCUGUGGAGACAUGGGCACAGUUCGGAAAUGUCCCAUCUACGGCCAAAGUUACUGGUGGGACGCUUGUCUUCAUCUGCGAUGGUAGCGAUGAGGUCAACAUUUUCCAUAUCGAGGAGAAAAGGAUUAAGACCACUCUCCAAUUUCCGGGACCCAUAUGCUACCUGGUUCAGAGUGAAGACAAGCAUUUGAUAUAUGCAGCAUGUGAAAGUGCAGUUUACUGUGUCAACAUUCCCAUUCUUAAAUCGAGCAGAAUUCCCACCGGAUCAGCUCCUGCUCCCAGUCUGUCAAUCUCCUCUGAUUGGCUGGCAGUCAGAGAGGAACGCGUGUGUUCUCUGCUCCUGGUCGGUUCCAUUCUUCUGACCCUGACUCAGAAAGGUGGGCUCUGGCAGUUCACUCUGUACAAAGUGCCUGCCUCUGUGGUGUCGUCAGCCAGCGGCCACGAAAAGCUUGGGGUGCUAGAGCUUCCUGUGGUGUCACCUGGGCUGUAUGAAGACGGAGACCAGAGGAGAACACCGGCCCGGAAGCCUGUGUUGAACUGUGUCCACUCCAGUGACGCUGUUCCCACCUCCUCCUCCUCAUCACCCUCAUCUCCAUCCCACACUCUUCCAGGAGAUGGCCACUUUCUCCUCGAGCCACUCCUCUUCAAGAUGAUUUUCGGGGUGGACGCCGCUCUCGCCAAGUCCCCCAUAAUCCUUUGCGGCCUGCCCGAUGGCCGCCUAUGCUUCUUCCCGCUGCGAGGCCUUCCGUCUCGUGUCAGAGUUCUGCACAGCCUCGAGCAGCCGAUUGUCUUCAUCGGAUCGACCGUUGCCACGGGAACGGACCCUCCUCUCCCUCAGAGUCUGGUGGCGGUCGGCGGCCUUGGGAGGGUGGUGCUGAUCCAUACCGGUGGGACGGCCCCCGCGGGAACGGCCGCGGCGACGGCGUCGGGGGCGGCGGGGCACAAACCGCUGGCGUUCACAGAGGGCUGUGUCCCCGGGCCUGUGGUGUGCGGCGGCUGUGUGGAAGGGCGACGGCUGUACUACAGCACCCACUCGGACGUCCUGGUUCUCGAUCUAUCCGGUGGUCCUGAGCAGCAGGGAGCCACGGCCCUGAGGGGAGGGGAGGACGUGGGAGACGGGCUCCCUAGUCCAGUCAGCCUGAAUGUGUGUGGAGUCGUGGCGCUGGGCAGAGCCACGCACACUGCUGCUGCUGCAGGUGCUGUGCAGUUCCUGGCCCUGUCAGCAAGAGGGAGGCUGCAGAGCAUCACCGUACCUAAAGCAGCAGCAGCAGCAGCAGGAGGAGGAGAAGAAGCACAAGGCAGAGAGCUACCCAGUCUCCCCUCUUCGCAGGUGGGCCAGAGGAUUAAGGACCUCCUGUCUGCCAUCGGAGAUGUGUGUGAGAGAGCCACAGUGUUAAAAGCGAGCAUCCAUUCCAAGACAGAGGUCCUGAGGCAGCUCAAUCAGGUGCUUCACAUCAGUGGCCUGCUGCUAUCCGACCACAACAAAGAAGACCAUCUCCCUGUGCAGAAGCGACCGAUCCGAUGUCAAACACUCUCUCAGUGGAGCCGGGUCCUGCAGAGAGACACUUUAAACCUCACCUGCGUUCUCCAAAACACGAGCCCUUAUGUGUUGGAGCAGGGCUGGACGUUCUGUGUCACCCUUCACCCCCUCUCCCAUCCGCUCGGUGAGGCUGGAGAAGGGUCUUCUAGAACAUUGUCAUUCCCCAUCCUAGAUCUCCGGCCAGGGGGAGAGUUUGAAGUGUCGUUGCCCUUGGCAACAGCCGGCGACACGUCUUUCCCCGUGACUGUCCGCUGCUCGCUGGUGUUCAUGUUGGCCCGUCUCCUGGCGGAGGAGAAGCCCGCCGCUCUGCGGGCCGGCGGACGCCCCGACCCCAGCCUCCCAGGGCUGGGCGGCGGCUGCUUCAGUCUACCCGUGGACACUCUGACCGUGGAUUGGUUGGACGCUCUCCGCGUGUGCAAACCGGGAGACGGGAAUAAAGAUGGCGGCUUCCCGCCCACGGAGGGGGCGUCCGUGGACCCCCUGCAAGCGUUUCUGGACGUCCGCGAGGUCGUGGGUCGCGGCAGGAGCGGGGACACGGGGGCCGCCCUAAGGUCCAAGGCCGGGGGGGGGCACUCGGCCUGCGUCAGGGUGUCCCAGCAGUCACUGAGCGCCGCGCUGGAGUGGGCAGCCGCUGGUGCAGCCCCGAGGGGGUCAGAGGUCGCUCCGAGCCUCUCCUCCGCUGUGCUGGACUGGCUGCUGCCGUCCUCUGGACCCGGGGGAGGGGGGACGUCGACGCGGGCGGGAGACGACGCGGUGGUCAGCGCUCGGUGUCCGGGCGGGCGUCCGGUCAGAUUGACCGCUAAGGAGGUCACUGUCGGGGAGCAGGGCGUCGAGACGGGUGGUGGAGGUCUAAAGACGGUGGAGAUCUGGGUGGAGAGCCCCUCCAUGGCCGCUGUGGGUGGACUACACCACGCUGUGCUGGGCCGUGUGCAGACCCUGCUGCAGAGGGCUCCUGAGAACCGGGCUUCUGCCGGGGGGAUUCAGUCUGCGGUUCUUCGACAGGCCAUUCAGAAGGCUGAGGCUGUGCUGCAGCGUAUCCAAGAGUCCCGGGUGCCAGAGGGUUCUGGUGGUGACUUUACAAGAGAGAAGAUGAACCAGUCUCUCCUUAGCAUCUACCGCGAGCUCAGAGACAACCCGCUCCUCAUUGUCUGACUGUAUAGGCACAAAAGCUCUGCGACACUGGACCUGACUCUGUGUCGCCUCCCUGUGUUCUUAUCGGUGUAUAGAAACCUGUACAUAUUGAUGGAGGAGGAAAGUACAUUUCAUCAUCAUCAUCAUAUUUUCACAAAAUGAACUGUCUAUGAAAUACAUUUUUUUUUGUAUUUCAUGUUUUUUAUGUAGGUCUCAAGCGUUCUAAAACACAACGGAAUCUAAAAUAUGAUUUCAAUACCAUUUAUAGCAUUUAACAAUAAAAGAUUGAAUAUCAACACUUAAAAAUUGUUUCUGCACUACCGUUCCAAAAUAAAAUAAAACACUAAAUGACAAGAAUAGAUCCAGAAAACGUAUGCAGCAGGCGUGAAGGUGAGCCCUGUUCUGCAUAUCUAUAUGAAUCUGUCACUAUGGCUACAGUCCAAGACAUAACCAUAACCCAGCUCGGAGGGGAGUAUGUCCUGGAAACGCACACACUCCUGCUGACAGGGGUGUCCUCUGUCAGCGCUGCCACACCAAUGACACGAAACAGCCUGAUAUGUGACCUGAAACACAGCGGAAUGGAGCUGACCUUUCAAAAGCAAUCCACUUCCUCAGUCAAUCGGUGGAACCGCAAUCAUUUGCUUUUGUCUGCUUCCACUGUUUCAUGUACUAACCCACUAAGGCUUGCAGGGGGUUUCAGAGAUCCUCUAUAAAGUACUUAUUUUCCAUGUCGAUUGAUUAUUAUUCAUGCAAAAGGAUGGAGUUAUCAGAGGGGCACACAAACAUACUGAGUUUUCCCUCAUGAGAGAUAGUGAGAUACAGGAGCUAAGUGAAUUCGGGCUUAUUGUGUCGGUCAAUCAGUAAGAAUUAUUGACCAAUGUCAAUAUUACAACAUUUCAAGAAUGAAUAUCAGAAUAUGUAGAAAUAUUGCGUUAGCAAGGGUGCACACU